GCCAAAAGAGGAAGAGAGAGGGGUGGAAGUGGGCGGAGGGGAACGAUCGAUCCGAGCUGAGCGGCGAGAAGAGAUGGGGGAUGCCAUAGUUUCAUAGCGCCCUUCUCGCCCCCUCUCUUGUUCUCGGGGGAUGAGUGGUCAAUGGGAAUGCUGACGAUGACCACCGCUACCAACGCCACUAACCCGACCACCGUGUCGUCGAUGAGGUCGGAGAUGGCAGCGAGCCUCGCAGGCGUCUUCAUCCUCAUGUUCCUCUUCCUCCUCCUCCUUUUCAUCUUGGUCUGCCGCCCCUGGCGCUUCUUCCUGUCUCCCUCCACCUCGGUAUCCUCCCCCCGUCUCCCUGCGUCUGCCGUCAAGGCUGAUAAUCUUGUGAGACCUCUUCUUUCUGAUAAUGUGGAUGGUAACUCUGGUCAAAGCUAUGAUAUGCCUGAAAUUUUUCUUGAGGCUUCACGAAUUCAAAUUAAUGAAAAUACCACUUGGUCAAAAAAGCAGGGACUUGUUAGUAAAGAGCAGGUCCAAUCAGCCGAUUUUUGUGCUUCACAAAAUUUUGUCAUUACAGGCGAUAGUUUGGUACUGGAUGUUUCUUACGAUGCUUCUCAAGAUAUUGAAGUUGGUCAUACACUUAAGCGUUCGGUGACAUCAAGCUGGCCAAUUGAUGACAAAAAACAUAUCAGAGAGGAUUCUAAUUUUGAUAUUAGAAUCAUUAAUGAGAAGCCUAGAAGUCCAGUUUCUUCUUUCACUGAUAAAAAAAUUCUGCGAAGCAGCUUGACCUUGGAAGUCAUAGCUGGUCCUUCUCGUGGGCUUUGUUGCUCCAGGGAGUCAGCAAGCACUUCUGUGCUUCCCCUAACACUUGGAAGGGUUUCUCCAAGUGAUUUACUGUUAAAGGAUUCAGAGGUUUCAGGGAAACAUGCAAAUAUAAAUUGGAAUGUGAACAGUCUAAAAUGGGAACUGGUGGACAUGGGUAGCUUGAACGGAACAUAUUUGAACUCUUUGGCAAUUCACCACCCAGAUUAUGGAUCUAGAAAUUGGAGUGAGCCUGUUCAGCUUGCAGAUGAAGAUAUUAUCACCCUUGGCACUUCUUCUAAAAUUUCUGUUAAGCUUUCACAAUAUUUUGAACAUCAUAUACCUUGUGGAGUUGGUAUGGUUUGUGAUCCAAUGUCUGCACGUCGAGGAGGAAAAGUGCUUCCAAUGGAAGAUAUAAGUUUCUGCCAGUGUCCCCUUCCUGGUGUUGAACAGUUUGGCAUUUUUGGUAUUUGUGAUGGGCAUGGUGGAGCUGGAGCUGCCAAAGCUGCAAGCCAGAUGCUACCUGACAAUGUGGCUUCUAUUUUAUCUCGUCCUGAAAGGAGAUCAAAUGUUUUAUCCCUUUGUGAUGCUUCAGAUAUUCUGCGAGAUGCUUAUGCUCGGACUGAAGCUGACAUGAGUCAUGAGUACGAGGGUUGUACUGCAACGCUUCUUUUGAUUUGGUUUGACAAUAAUAGAAAACUCUUCGCACAGUGCGCAAACUUGGGUGAUUCAGCUUGUGUUAUGAAUGUUAAUGGAAAGCUUAUCCCUAUGACAGAGGAUCAUAGGGUAACUAGUACAACUGAACGUGCUCGCUUUGCCAAAUUAGGAAAACCAUUAAAAGAAAGUGAAACACGCCUUUGUGGAUUAAACAUCAGCCGAAUGCUUGGUGACAAGUUUCUGAAAGAACAAGAUGACCACUUCAGUUCAGAGCCGUACAUAAGCCAGGUUGUGGCAAUUGAGAAUUCAUGCACAGCAUUUGCUUUGAUGGCAAGUGAUGGACUGUGGGAUGUUAUCAGCAUGAAAAAGGCAGUGCAGUUUGUCCUUCAGAUGAAACAGAAAAGCAAUAAUGAUGAUCAAAACUCGGCAGAUAUGAUAGCAAACAAUGUGUUGAGUGAAGCUAGAACCUUAAGAACAAAGGAUAACACAUCUAUUAUCUUCUUAGAUUUUGAUGCUUUGAGAACAGAUUCUUGUAUUACGAAAGCAUGAAACUUGCAAAAUUUCAUGAUUUUUGCAGGUCUUAGUAAAAUCAUGAAGUUUGUCAAAGUUUUUUUUUUUUUUUUUUUUUUUUUCAUUUUAUGGUUUUUAUUAAGUUUAGUUGUAUCAAAGUAGGCUGGCCUUUCUUUUACUCUCGUAAUAUAUAUAACUUUUCUAGGACAAGGCAAAACUUGAUCAAGGGUGACUUUCCAAGUUUUUAGUAGAUGCUGUUCCAUUCCAAAUCUUUCUAUAUAGGGAUGCUAACUUAAGGCAUCACUCCGAUUUCAAAGCUGUAACUAAACAUAUUAUUAGACUUCUUGCUUCUGAAGUUCAAAUUUUUUUGGUUACUUGUUCUAACAGGAGUUGCGUUUGUAUAUCUCACAUAAUUUUUGUUGAGUGCAUAACUCGUUUUUUAGAUGUAAGCAAUGGUGGUCUGUUCAUUUUUUGAAUGCCAUGCAAGGUUGCCUUUAUCUCAGGAAGUAAAAAUAGAAACAUCAGUCCAAAUGUGUUCUAAUGGAAUUCAUCUGAUUCAACACCCAAGACUUGGUGAGAAUUCUGCACUCUCCACUGCGUAAGAAGAUUGUGCUCGCAACUGAUUCCUAUUGUAGCAAGAUUCACGGUGUUCAUCGUCUCUCAUAUUGAAAAUUCCAUUUGUAUGCACACAUCAUAAGUGCACAAGGCUUGCAAUGGAUGUUUAUUGUGGUAAAACGGUGCUAGUUUACUCUCUGCAAUCGAUUAAACUGUUCAUACAGUUGUAUGAUUCAGGUCUCUCGUGUUUAAAAUUUUCUUGUCGUGCAGAUAUGAUGGGCCUAAACUUUAGGCAUAUCUAAAGGAAUUGUAAUACAGGAAGAGUUCAAAGUUCA